GAGGAUAUUUCUAAGCUAACCAUCAGGGACCAAAUAGCUGGAUUGUAAAAAUUUUCAGAGCUGAAUCGCUCUGCUCUUUUUUUUUCUCAUUCUUUCUUUCCUCUCCUUUUUCUAAGAUUCUGAAAGCUGCAAAGCACACUGAACCAACAGAAUGCCAGGAAUCUGCCCCCCAGUCUCGGAUUAUCAGCCCCAGUAAACAGGGGAAACGCUCAAAAAGCAAAGGAAAAAAAAAGCUAGAAGGUGCUAAAGGGCAGCUGUUAAGGUGGUUAAGACCGUAGUCCUCUCAGUACCCCGAAUUUGCACACACCCCUUUUCCCCUCCCCCUGAACCCCAAGAACUUGCAAAUCAUCUGAACCCUCAACACAGAGCUAUGGAGAUGGGGCUGGGAGCCCUCGUACCCUGGCUCUGCACUUUGCUCUCUCUGGAUUUGCUGGCUGUCGUGGAGUUAGCUGUACCUCUCCGGGACUUCUACCCCUUCGGACAAGACCAUGGGGACACCCAGACGAUGAAGCAAGAUGAUGGGGGAUCUGGGCUGGUGGAAAUCUCUGUAGCCUUCCCUUUCUUUGGAGACAGACACACGGGGCUCUAUGUGAACAACAACGGACUGGUGUCAUUUUUACGGGAAGUGUCUCAGUUCACACCAGUUGCAUUUCCCAUUGCUGGGGACCGACGGGUUGUGGCACCUUUCUGGGCCGAUGUCGACAACCGGCGGGCGGGGCAGGUAUUCUACAGGGAGAGCAAGGAUCCCGCCAUCCUGCAGAGAGCCACUGCUGAUGCCCGUCGCUACUUUCCCGAGUUUCCCAGCUUCACCACCUCCUGGGUCCUGAUCGCCACCUGGCAUCAAGUCACGUUCUUCGGGGGUAGCUCAUUUACGCCCGUUAACACAUUCCAGGUGGUUCUGAUCACAGACGGAGAGCUUUCGUUCACCAUCCUGCAGUACGAGAACAUCACCUGGACCACCGGCCUGCACGCCAGCAGCGGGGGGGACCUGGCGGGGCUCGGGGGCAUCGCUGCACAGGCAGGCUUUAAUGCAGGCGAUGGGAGGCGCUAUUUCAACAUCCCAGGCUCCCGCACUGAGGAUGUGGUGGAUGUGGAGGAGACGACCAAUGUUGGCGUUCCUGGGCGCUGGGUCUUCCGUAUCGAUGAUGCCCAGGUGCAGGUGGGAGGCUGCAAUGACUCAGCCUCUGUGUGCCUGAACCUGCGCCCCUGUCUGAAUGGAGGGCACUGCAUCGACGACUGCAUCACUGGCCACCCUUCCUUCACCUGCUCCUGCCUCACUGGCUACACGGGCCGGAGAUGUCAGAUAGAUGUCAAUGAGUGCUCCUCCUACCCCUGUCAGAAUGGAGGGACAUGCAUUGAUGGGCAGAACAACUUUACCUGUCACUGCCACCCUGGCUACACGGGACUGUUCUGUGAAACAGACAUCAAUGAAUGUGAAGGCAGGCUGUGCAGAAACGGAGGUGUGUGUGUUGAAGGAGUUGGCAAUUUCACAUGCCAGUGUGAACCAGGCUUCACUGGGUCUGUAUGUGAGACAGAUAUAAAUGAAUGUGAGUCCCAGCCCUGUCUGAAUGGGGGAAAAUGUGUUGACCUGACAAACAGCUAUACCUGUGAAUGCUCUCUUCCCUUCACUGGACUGCAUUGUGAGACAGAGCUUGUCACAUUGAUAAAUUCUUCCUUCACUGACGCUGACAAACAAACAGAUCCUGAAAAGCUGACGAAUUCCUCAUUCACGGAUUCUGUCAAUGCAACUGAGUGUGUCUGCCAGAAUGGAGGAUCAUGUGUGGACAGCAAUGGCACCUGUGAGUGCCCAACAGGCUUCACUGGGGACUACUGCCAGUUUGAAGUUUCCCAGACUCCCUGCAGUUCCAACAGACCCUGUCCUGAUGGCGGGCCGUGCUUAGAGUAUGGAGGAACCUACCUGUGCACCUGUCAGACUGGCAUAGCUGAGGCUGACACCAGUGAUUUGUAUCCCUUUGUACAGCCCCGAUCGGUCUGUGAUUCUUCACCCUGUCUAAAUGGUGGCCUCUGUUAUGAGCGAGAUGGUGGCUAUACAUGUGAAUGCAAGCGGGGCUACAGAGGCAAACACUGUGAGAAAGUCAGGCUGAGUGUCUGUGUGUCCAGCCCCUGUCGGAAUGGCGGCUCCUGUCGGGAAGAAGGAGGAGGGUAUCGUUGUGCUUGCCCCUACAGGUUCACCGGCAGGCACUGUGAAAUCGGAAAGCCUGACCCAUGCUCAUCCAGCCCCUGUCUGAAUGGAGGGACCUGUUUCCAUUACAUCGGAAAGUACAAGUGUGAGUGUGCUGAAGACUACAGCGGGAGACACUGUGAAAAUGGUAGGGGCUCUGCUCAAACACAGACAGAGUUGGACUGUGGCCCGCCCGUGCAGGUGAAACAUGCCGAAGUCCACUACUCCUCGACUCAGCCCGGCUCCACUGCCCUGUACACCUGCCACGCCGGUUAUACCCCACUGCCCCGGGCCACACACAGCAUCUGUGGGAGCCAGGGGUCUUGGAGCCAGCCCCCUGUCUGUGAGGAGAUCGACGAAUGCCUGUCUCAGCCCUGCCUCAACGGUGGGACGUGCAGAGACAGGAUUGCUACCUACCUCUGCGAUUGUGAGGAAGGAUUCAUUGGAACACGCUGUGAAAUAGAACUGAACGAGUGCCUGUCCGAGCCCUGUAAACACGGAGGGAGCUGUGUGGAUCAGCGAGGGUUUUACUUCUGCCAGUGUCCACAGGGCUUUGUAGGCCAGGACUGUGAAACACAGCUGGAUGGGUGCGAAUCAAACCCCUGUCUGAACAACGGAGUGUGCAGAGGCUACAGAGGGAGCCACCUGUGUGUGUGCAAGGAGGGCUUCAUAGGAGACCGCUGUCAGACAGUGGUAGAUCCCUGCAUACUGCAGCCCUGUGGAAGCAGAGGGUACUGCCGCAGUGACAGGAGGGGGAAUUACAGCUGUACCUGCAGAGCAGGCCACACUGGCAGAAACUGUGAGAAAGCACUAGCGCCCCCUGCAGGCCUGCAGGUGGUGCGGGUGGAGGAGAGCGAGGUGGAGCUGCGCUGGAACUUGCCCAACAGCUCCAGGGAACUCAUCAGCGGAUUUGCCAUCACUUAUGUGCCCGUGGGAAGAGGUGUCCGGAAAACCGACUUCCUAGACAAGCAGCACUCUUCCCAUUUACUCCGUUCCCUGUUGCCCGGAUACCUCUACAACAUCUCCACCUUCUCGGUCAAGCGCAACGUCCACAACAACGACAUCAGCCUGCCUGCCACCACCCUGACACGCACCAGGCCUCGCAGGGCAGAGAACGUGCAGGUAGUCAGCACGUCCUCCUCUCGGGUGUCGGUGAGGUGGAGUCUGCACCCAGGCUGGCAUGCCUCGGUCAGCCAGGUGCAAGUGUCUCUCACCUCACCUGACGGCAAAGGGGAAGAGUCUGUUCUGCUCAACAGCAGCAGCUCAGAGCACACCUUCAGUUCCCUGCUCCCAGGUCAGAUGUACACCGUCGAUGUGCUGACACAGAGUGGCCAGAAACCAGACGAGCUGCCCUCCUUCAGCCACUCUGCUGGGCCCCUCCACGUUUGGACCAAACCCCUCCCUCCUCAGAAUCUUUCUCUGGCCUUCGUUACUGCAACAUCAGCCCAGGUAACCUGGGCCCGGCCUCCCAGAGGAUCCCUGGACGGCUAUGUGGUUAAUGUCACACGGGGACUCAACACCAAGAGCCGGUACCUACCCAAUGGGAAGCUGACAGUUUACACACUGCGAGAUCUGGUCCCUGGACAGCAGUACUGGUUUUCCAUCACCGCCGUUCGCAACACGGAGCACGAACAGAUGCACAGCCUGCCACAGCAGCUUGCCAUCACUGCCCUGAUGUCAGAGGAGAGAGCUGGGAAAAGAGAGAAGCCCGCUACUGUGGGACGAGAGCUCCAGGUGAGCCCCCGGCGCGGCCCCAGCCACCACCUCUCCGCCACCCUGCAGCACGGCCCGGCGCUGGUCACUGACCGGGACAGUUUUGAGGAGCUGCCCAGAUACACUGAGCUCAUUGACGGCAGAGGGAGGAUAACAGCCAAGUUUACUAACCUGCCGGGGAAGGAGAUCACACACCGUCCAAAACCUGAGUCGCCGAUCAAGUUGGAGAAUAUAGAAGAAACAACCAACAGAAUCAAUCUUGCACUGGAAAUUCCAGAGGAAGGAACCAGCAGACAAAGUGAGGCUCCAAGAGACUGCAGGACAAACCCCUGCCAAAACGGUGGAACUUGUGUGAAAGGGACUGACUCUUUUGCCUGUGACUGCAGCGUGGGAUUCAAGGGAAGACAGUGUGAGCUCUUCUGUCAGCGAGUUCCUCAUUCCUGCACCCGCCUGUACUCUGAAACAAAGACAGUUCCAGUCUGGGAGGGAGGUGUUUGCCACUACCUGUAUAAACGAACCUACAAAGUCCACAAAGACAUUUGUUACAGGGAGAUUUGCGAGCCACUUCUACAUAAGAAGACUCCAAGAAACAGAAGGACUCACAGACUGCAGUGAAACUUUGGUAGCCAUUUUGUCAGAAGGCCAGUUUGCGGGAUUGAAUCUCAGGGGAUAAAAUUGAUUUUCCCUGAUGACUUCUACCUGAGAGAGUUUCCAUGUGCCAUUUGGAAAAAAAAUCCAGCUUUAGGAGACACUCAUUGCCAGUGAAUGUAAAUUGAGCUGUUCAAUGAAUAGUAACUCUAGGAUAGGGUCAUCACAAAGUUUGCUGCUGGAGACCACAUCAAAAGUUAUCUUUCCUUGAUGUUUUGCCAGCUGUGUACACUCUGUUCAUUACUUUCACAUUCUCAGUUAUUCUUGAGACAUUCCUCCCCCAUUCACUGUGCUGCAUCUUAAAAGAAUCAGUGCCUUUGGCCAACAGUUGAGGGGGCCAAAUGGGGUUCCCACAUGUUCAUAAGGGACCCAGUGUCACACUUUCCCUAAAAGAGAGCGAAAACUCAGAACAUUUUCAAAAGAGGGAAUCCCAGAAGCCAAAAGAAAAUAAUCUGGACAGCAAAAGACACAUCGCUCUUUCCCUGAGCUUCUUUUCAGUCCCACUAGAAUCAUAGGAUGUUGACUUGCCAUCUGUUAAGAGUGACAUCAUCUUGACAUGAACAGCUUGUUCACGUUACGCACUCUCUUUAAAUACACUGCCUUUUUGUCAGGACUUGCCUUUCUUGCUAGAUUUUGGAUGACCCUAAAUCUGCAAAGCAUGUGAAACAGAUUGCGCAGAAGAAGUAGUAUUUAGUCCAUUCUAACAUUUUGUGGAACGACUCACAAAUAGUACAAUAAUCCUAUAGCAGACCACAGAUCAGCAUUGAAGAUCUUUGUAUUUGGAAUUUAGGUUGAGCAGGUUAGCAUGAAUUUAUUUGGAAUAUCUCAUUAAGUCACAUCAUUAGUCCAGUGAAUCUUUUUAGUACCUAAAAUAACACCUACCCAAGUAGAUGGAAAAAUAAGCACUUUAAGGAGUGCUUUAAUGCUGAACAUAUCAUAAUACAUAUAAUAAUAAGAUUCAGUUAUGGGUUAUGAAGCAUUUUUGAUUAAAAGGCUUUUUUUGUUUUAUUUUCCUGUGUUAGUGCCAGCAACAGUUUUCAUGCACGAUAGAAGAACAUUUGUAAAUCAUAAGUCUCUGACUUUAUGUUUAGCUCCAUAAAUAUCAGUGAACAAUAAAAUGCUAAAUGCUAGCUGAUUUGAGAGUCAGUGAUGCAGGAGAAUGUACAGUAUAUACUAUUAAAUGUAAUAAAGCUAUGGGCGAAGAAAAAUGUGUAUUUUUAGUAGUCAUACUACUAAAAAUCCAAAGAAGGGUAUUUUUUAAAUUGGGAGUACUACUUAAUAGAAUUUAAUGCUGCUCCCACUGUACGAUCAACAAUUUCAAUUGUAUAGCAAGAAUCUACGCAGGUUUAGUUUGAACUAAAAAUCGAAUCUUUGUUUAAGUGCUUACGUUCUUGCUAUGCAGAAAGCAGCAUGUUACUGCGUGAAUACUGACGACAUCUAAUAUUUAAGCCAGGCUAUUCUUAGACAAUAGCUUAUGUACAUAAAACUCGUGAAAGAAGUAUUAUGAAUUCCAAACCACCAAGAACCAUCUUUUUAUGACUAAUAAAUUUAUUUCAAACAGCAAAAGCAUUUUAGAUCUGUAUUAUUAUACUGAGUAGCACCUGAAAACGGUGUAUACUAAUAUUACAUUGAUUACAUAUACAGUAUGUAAUACCUGAAAUGUAUUAUGCAUAUAUACAGCUUUCAUGCAGUAGUAAAUAUGAUUUAAUUGUUAUAGUUUAUGAAGCGCAGAAACAUUCAAAAGGAAAUUUCUUGCAAUUCCAAAUUACUACUCUGGCCUUUAAAUAAAAGGCGUCUGAUUUCAAAGUUAUAAUCUGUAUACAAAACAGCACACAGUUUCUUCUGUCUGUUAAGAGACAAUUGACCUUAAAAGAAACAUCAGGUGUGAAACUGACAUAACUGGGAUGUACUGUACAAAACCCGGACAAUGUUCCACUGAAACAUCCAUUUGGUCUACUUACAUGAAAAUAUACAUUGCGUGUUAAUCUAGGAUUGGCGACACUUCUACUUUUAGACAUGUGCAACUGGGACAGAACUGAGGUAACUAGAAAACGUGUGAGGAGCAGUAGUAACGGCCAAGACUGGCAGAAGGGAUCUGAAAUGGGAAAGGCAACCUUAAGAGGCAGCUGCAGCCUAGACAUUUUGGGACAGAAUAGAAAAGCAGCCAAGAGCUUUAUAUUUUAGGCGAAAUUGUGUCAACACUACAUGGAGUGUGCUCCUUUGGAUCAUUACUGGAUAGAGGACAAGUGGUCACACCUGAUCCUAGGUACAAGUCUUAUUAUAACUAGCGAUGUAUAUCCUACAAAUAUAACCUCAGAGGAGGUAUGCAAAUUGACUGUUUUUUACAGCAUGUCUGUAAUGUCCCUUGGUGAACCAGUAGUUGGCUGGGUCAGUUCCCCAUCCUCUGCUUAACAACCGCACCUCACCACCACUUUUAUAUUGCCCUUAGCUCACUGGAGAACAAGAGCACAUGGAAAUGUUUUUACUAGAUGAAAUGCGGAGAUGUUCCUUUGGAAAAAAAAACUUUGUACUUUGGUUGCUGUUUAGUCCAGAUGCUCUUUGUUAGAAGAAACUUCAAUGAUAUCUUGAUCUCACUGCCUUUAUAUCCUUAAGAACAAAAAACCUCCAAAACAACACAAACCGUCUGUUCUAGCUAUUAUGUAAAUAGUGUUUAUAGGCUGUUUUUGUAGGUGAAUAUUUUACUAAUAAAAUGUUAAAACAUUU